AUGUUUAAGAACAAAACUGGACAAUCAGGUAUUAAAUUAAUUUUUGGGACUAAUAUAAUUCAAAGUUCAUGGUGGAUAAUAUAAGCUAUAUAAAUGCAUAAACCAAUAAAUUAUUUACUUUGUUUUUUGCAAAUUGGCAGCCUAUUAUUGAAAAUUAUUUAGACUAUUUUGAUUUUGUAAAAUAAAGAACAAAAGUUAAUUGUACAUGUUAUAACCCUUUUGUAUUCUAUAAUUUAAAUAGAAUCUUACUAAAUUUUAGCACCAACUCAUUAAUUAGAUAAUUUUAUUAUUAGUCUUUUGUUAUUUAUUACUUAUACAGAAUAUCUGAAAUUAGCUGUUUAGAAAUUUAGUUAUAUUUGUAAAUUUGGAAUACCUUGUUAUUUGAUGUGUAAAAUAAUAUGGGAAUUGAUAGAAUCAUUCAGUUAUUUUUCAAUAGAAUGCUUAGUUAUAAUAAUUAUAGUUUCCAUUCAUAUUCUAAUUAAAAAAGAUAUUGAAUUGACGAAGUUAGAUUAGAAUUUUGAAAAUAAGUUGAUUGAUUGUUAAUAAAAUAAAAACAAUUAAAAGGAAUCUCCUUUUGUUUAGUUAAAUAAAACAAUAUAAGCAGAGAUAAAAUCUUAAAGCUAAAAUUCAAACGUAUAAUCAGCAAAGAAUAGUUUUAGUCUAUUAAAAGAGUUACCUAGUGAUUAGAAACUUAGUCAAUAUUCAAAUUUAACAAGUCUUUCAAAAUCUAAAUAAUUUAAUAAAACAUUAUUAUAUUAAGAAAACUCAUUACUUCAAUUUUAUCAAAAUUUAAUAAAUCUAUAUCCAUAUGGAAUUUUGAUGUUGAAUUAACAAUAAUAAAUUACAUACAUAAAUAAUAAGUGUGAAAAAAUAUUAGAGUGUUAAGGAGCAGAAAUGGUAUUGGAAAAAAUAAGAAGUUGUGUUAAUGAUGCAAAAAUGGAAGAAAAUAUUCAAGAUUCCUCAUCAUCAAACAGUCAUAUUGAUAAAAAAAAGAAGCCUCUAUUUAAUUAAGAUGUUUUAAAAUAAAUAGUUCGAAAUUUACAAAGUAAAAAUCUUUAUAUUGAUGUAUUUGAUAUUAUACUUUAACCUUUUAAAUAUUAUAAGAAUUUAGAUUUAAAUGAUGAAUCAAGUAAUAAUAAAGAAAUAAAUCAGAAAUCAUUCAAUUAAUAGUUAUUUAUUUAUGAAUGGCUUUUUAAAUCUAACAUAAUUUAAGAAAAAUAGACUAAAAAGAUAAAAUUGAUAAUUAUUCCUACAACAAUGAUCAAUAUUUAAUAAGAAUACUUUCCUUCUCCUUCAUAAGUUAAAUUUUCAACAAAAAACUGCUUAUAAGGAAAUGAAUAAGAACCUAAUGUUUUACUCAUAAUAAUAAAAAAUAUCUCUAACAAACAUCAUUAUUAAAAUUUGAAAGAUUAAUAGAUUAUACAUCAUAGUCUUAUUAAAUCUUUCUCACAUGAAUUAAGAACUCCUUUGAAUAGCUGUUAAUAAAUGUUAACUCUUAUGAGAAAUGGAAAUAAAACAAAAAAUUUCUUAGAAUAAUUAGAUCUAGCUUAAUGUUCGAUUUCAUUACUAACUAAUUAAAUAAAUGAUAUUUUAGAUUAUGCUGCAAUUUAAACUAAUUAAUUUUCUUAUCAUUACACAACAUUUUAAUUAUAAUCAAUAAUUGCUGAUAUAGAAUCUUUAUAUAAAUAAUAAAUGUCUCAUAAAAAUAUUAAGUUUAAGAUUAAGGCAACUUAAAUUUUAACAAAUAUAAUGAUAUAUAAUGAUAAAUAAAGAAUAUUUUAGAUACUUAUAAAUUUGUUAAAUAAUGCUAUAAAGUUCACUUAAGAAGGAGGUUUUGUUAAAAUUAAUUUUACAGAAGUUGAAAACUGUUUUAUAAAUAUUAAAGUUAAGGAUAACGGAAUUGGUAUUAAAAAAAAUAGAUUACUUGAAAUCUAAAAUAGAUUGCGUGAUAUUUAAGAUUUUGGCGCAAUUCUAAAAUAAAAUACAGAAUAUAAUAGACCAGGAUUAGGUCUAACUAUUGCUUCAAAAUUAGUAAAAGGUUUAAUAAAUUCUAAUGAUAAUUAACUUCGUAUUUUUUCAAAAGAAAAUAAAGGAACAGUAAUAUAAUUUCAAAUACAAAAUAAAUAAUAAAAUAUUUAUGCAUCAUCACAUCCUAAUUCAUAAUAAACAGGUAGAUUUAAUUAAAUAGGAAAUUAGUAUACAUUUAGUGAACGUAAAUCUGAUGAUCAAAUAAUCUUUAAAUCAAGUUUAUCAAAUUAAAAAAUUUAAAAUGUUGAAAGUUUUGAAUAAUAAUCUAGUUCAUAUAAUAAUACAUCAAGAUUGAAUGAUAAAGAUGAAUAAUCUGUUAUCUUUUUACCAAAUAGUCCUAAUUAUUUUUCACAUUAAAUUGUACAUUAGAAUAUAAUUAAAUAAAGUAAUAUUUGUUUAAAUUGUACGCAUGUUCUAAUAGUUGAUGAUAUUCCAUUUAAUUAAAUAGCUCUGAAAAUGAUUCUUAAUCAUCAUAAUAUUAUAGCAGACCAAGCCUUUGAUGGAUUUUAAGCAAUAGAAAAAGUAAAAACUAAACUAUAAUAACAUUGUUAAAUUUAUAAAUUAAUUUUUAUGGAUAUAGAAAUGCCAGGGUUGGAUGGAUUUUAAGCUAGUAAAUAGGUAAAUUCUUUAUAUUUAUUUAGAUUCUUGAACUAACAUAAUAAUAAUCUAUGAUAGUAAUUUGUUCUGCAUAUGAUACAAAGGAGAAUUUUGAGAAAGGAUAAAAAAUGGGAAUAUAUUCUUUUCUACCAAAACCUAUAAAGAAAGAUGAAUUGGAAGUACUAUUAAAUGCUAUUUUUAAUUUAAAAUCUCAAUGA